CGUUUUGUGGGAAGGGGGAGGCGAGAGGGGAAGGGCCGCGCUGCAGGAGCCGGUCCUCGCCCCCGCCCCCCUGCGCGGACACGCUGAAGGCUGGGCUCGGCUUUCGCGGGGGCCAAGCUCCCACUCUCGCCGCGGGAGGUGGGGGAUGCGGGCGACGGCCCCCUUGGGCUCCAGGACCCUCCCCCCAGGGCUCCGGAGCUGUUGCUCCGCCCGCCGCCCCCUCCCCCGUCCUCUCCACCCCCCCAUCCCACCUCCCCACCCCUCGUAAGAAAAUAAUGCUGGCUGGCGCCCGCACCUCCCAGUCGCUCCCAGUCCGCCGCGAGGAAAGGGCGCCCGCUUGGUCUCCACGCCGGGACCCCUACCGAGCCGCCCUAGCUGCCGCCUCGCCGCGUGUGCCGCUGGGCUCCGCUUAGGCAGAAUCUGCGAGCGCCGCGCCCGGGCAUUGCCAGCUCCGGGGAGGCGCCGCCCGCAAGGACACCUCUCCGUCCCGCCUCGUCCGCAACUCCGGUCCUUGUCGAGCUCGACGCGAGCCAGGAGUCCGGACGUCCCUCUGCGCGCGGCUCAGCAGCUCGAGUAGUCCCCGCUGCCCCAGCUCGGAGCCAACUCCAUCUCGGACCUGGGACUCCUGACGCGGAUUCUCAGCCACUUCUCACCUCGGGGCUGUGCCUGCCUCCCGCUUGCUCUCCCGCUGCCCUCCUUCUCCGCUCAGGACGGGGGUGCCAAGAUGCCCCGCUACUGCCCAGGGCCCCGGGCCGCCCCCGACGUGUGACCCCAGCCUGGUCCCCCUGCUCGGCCGUCCGCCCUCCCCUUGGAGAACCCCGGCCCGGCCCCCGGGGGAGGAGGAAGAAGACGACGAGGCCGAGGGGGGGAUGUCCAGCUCCAAAAGCGUGAGCCCCCCGGGCUACGCGGCGCAGACAGCGGCGGCGCCGGCGUCCCGGGGAGGCCCGGAACACCGCUCGGCGUGGGGCGAGGCCGACUCCCGCGCCAAUGGCUACCCCCACGCCCCUGGGGGUUCGGCCCGCGGCUCCACCAAGAAACCCGGGGGGACGGUGACCCCGCAGCAGCAGCAGCAGCGCCUGGCCAGCCGCUGGCGCAGCGACGACGACGACGAUCCUCCGCUGAGUGGCGAUGACCCCCUGGCUGGGGGCUUCGGCUUCAGCUUCCGUUCCAAGUCGGCCUGGCAGGAGCGCGGCGGCGACGACUGCGGUCGCGGCAGCCGGCGGCAGCGGCGGGGCGCGGCCGGCGGGGGCAGCACCCGGGCGCCCCCUGCGGGCGGCGGCGGCGGCUCGGCGGCGGCAGCCGCCGCAGCUGGCGGGACGGAGGUGCGCCCCCGUUCUGUGGAGCUGGGUCUGGAGGAGCGGCGGGGCAAGGGCCGCGCGGCCGACGAGCUGGAGGCCGGCGCCGUCGAGGAAGACGAGGGUUCCGGAGAUGGCGGCAGCUUGGCAGGCUCGGGCGCGGGGCCUGGCGCGGUGCUGUCGCUGGGCGCCUGCUGCCUGGCACUGCUGCAGAUAUUCCGCUCGAAGAAGUUCCCGUCGGACAAGCUGGAGCGGCUGUACCAGCGCUACUUCUUCCGUCUGAACCAGAGCAGCCUCACGAUGCUCAUGGCUGUGCUGGUGCUCGUGUGCCUCGUCAUGUUGGCCUUCCACGCGGCACGGCCCCCGCUGCAGCUGCCCUACCUGGCCGUGCUGGCGGCUGCCGUGGGUGUGAUCCUCGUUAUGGCCGUGCUCUGCAACCGCGCCGCCUUCCACCAGGACCACAUGGGCCUGGCCUGCUACGCGCUCAUCGCCGUGGUGCUGGCUGUCCAGGUGGUGGGCCUGCUGCUGCCCCAGCCGCGCAGCGCCUCCGAGGGCAUCUGGUGGACUGUGUUCUUCAUCUAUACCAUCUACACGCUGCUGCCCGUGCGCAUGCGGGCCGCGGUACUCAGCGGGGUGCUCCUGUCUGCCCUCCACCUGGCCAUCGCCCUGCGCACCAACGCCCAGGACCAGUUCCUGCUCAAGCAGCUCGUCUCCAAUGUCCUCAUUUUCUCCUGCACCAACAUCGUGGGCGUCUGCACCCACUACCCGGCUGAGGUCUCCCAGAGACAGGCCUUCCAGGAGACCCGGGAGUGCAUCCAGGCUCGGCUGCACUCGCAGCGGGAGAACCAGCAGCAGGAGCGGCUCCUGCUGUCUGUCCUUCCCCGUCACGUUGCCAUGGAGAUGAAAGCAGACAUCAAUGCCAAACAGGAGGAUAUGAUGUUCCAUAAAAUUUACAUCCAGAAACAUGACAACGUGAGCAUCCUGUUUGCUGACAUCGAGGGCUUCACCAGCCUGGCGUCCCAGUGCACUGCCCAGGAGCUUGUCAUGACCCUCAACGAGCUCUUCGCCCGCUUCGACAAGCUGGCUGCAGAGAAUCACUGUUUACGUAUUAAGAUCCUGGGAGAUUGUUAUUACUGCGUCUCAGGGCUGCCUGAAGCCAGGGCUGACCAUGCCCACUGCUGCGUGGAGAUGGGCAUGGACAUGAUUGAGGCCAUCUCGCUGGUCCGGGAGGUGACAGGUGUCAACGUGAACAUGCGUGUGGGAAUCCACAGCGGGCGAGUGCACUGUGGCGUCCUUGGCCUCAGGAAGUGGCAGUUCGACGUCUGGUCUAACGACGUCACGCUGGCCAACCACAUGGAGGCUGGAGGCAAGGCGGGACGCAUCCACAUCACCAAGGCCACACUCAACUACCUGAAUGGCGACUACGAAGUGGAGCCGGGCGGUGGGGGCGAGCGCAACGCCUACCUCAAAGAGCACAGUAUCGAGACCUUCCUCAUCCUGCGCUGCACCCAGAAGCGGAAAGAAGAGAAGGCCAUGAUUGCCAAGAUGAAUCGCCAGAGAACCAACUCGAUCGGGCACAACCCACCACACUGGGGGGCCGAGCGCCCCUUCUACAACCACCUGGGUGGCAACCAGGUGUCCAAGGAGAUGAAACGGAUGGGCUUUGAAGAUCCCAAGGACAAGAACGCCCAGGAAAGUGCGAACCCCGAGGAUGAAGUGGAUGAAUUUCUGGGCCGUGCCAUUGACGCCAGGAGCAUCGACAGGCUACGAUCUGAGCAUGUUCGCAAGUUCCUCUUGACCUUCAGGGAGCCUGACUUAGAGAAGAAGUACUCCAAGCAGGUGGAUGACCGAUUCGGUGCCUACGUGGCAUGUGCCUCGCUCGUCUUCCUCUUCAUCUGCUUUGUCCAGAUCACCAUUGUGCCCCACUCCGUGUUCAUGUUGAGUUUCUACCUGACCUGUUUCCUGCUGCUGACCUUGGUGGUAUUUGUGUCCGUGAUCUACUCCUGCGUGAAGCUCUUCCCAGCCCCGCUGCAGAGGCUCUCCAGGAAGAUCGUGCGGUCCAAGAUGAACAGCACCCUGGUGGGCGUGUUCACCAUCACCCUGGUGUUCCUGUCGGCUUUUGUCAACAUGUUCACGUGCAACUCCAAGGACCUGUUUGGCUGCCUGGUGGACGAGCACAACAUCAGUGCCAGCCAGGUCAACGCGUGCCACGUGGUGGAGUCAGCCGGCAACUACAGUCUGGGUGACGAGCGGGGCUUCUGCGGCAGCCCCUGGCCCAACUGCAACUUCCCCGAGUACUUCACCUACAGCGUGCUGCUCAGCCUGCUGGCCUGCUCCGUGUUCCUGCAGAUCAGCUGCAUCGGGAAGCUGGUGCUCAUGCUGGCCAUCGAGCUCAUCUACGUGCUUGUCAUUGAGGUGCCCGGUGUCACGCUCUUUGACAAUGCCGACCUACUGGUCACAGCCAACGCCAUAGACUUCAACAACAACGGGACCUCCCAGUGCCCUGAGCACGCGACCAAGGUGGCGCUGAAGGUGGUGACGCCCAUCAUCAUCUCGGUCUUUGUGCUGGCCCUGUACCUGCACGCCCAGCAGGUGGAGUCCACCGCCCGCCUCGACUUCCUCUGGAAACUGCAGGCCACCGAGGAGAAGGAGGAGAUGGAGGAGCUGCAGGCCUACAACCGGCGGCUGCUGCACAACAUCCUGCCAAAGGAUGUAGCCGCGCACUUCCUGGCCCGCGAGCGGCGCAAUGAUGAGCUCUACUAUCAGUCGUGUGAGUGCGUGGCUGUCAUGUUCGCCUCCAUCGCCAACUUCUCCGAGUUCUACGUGGAGCUGGAGGCCAACAACGAGGGCGUCGAGUGCCUGCGGCUGCUCAACGAGAUCAUCGCCGACUUUGACGAGAUCAUCAGUGAGGAUCGGUUCAGGCAGCUGGAAAAGAUCAAGACCAUCGGCAGCACCUAUAUGGCCGCCUCGGGCCUCAACGACUCCACCUAUGACAAGGUGGGCAAGACCCACAUCAAAGCUCUGGCUGACUUUGCCAUGAAGUUGAUGGACCAAAUGAAGUACAUCAACGAGCACUCCUUCAACAACUUCCAGAUGAAGAUUGGUGAGCCCGGCCCGGAGUCCCGAGGGCUUGUUGGGACUCCCACCCACCAUCCCCCAUGCCGCCACCAUGACCCGAUCCAAGCAGAGGCUAACACUGCAGUGUGUCCCUGCCCAAGGGGUGGGGGUAGGCCCCCAUCACACAGCAGAGUUCUCCCAGGGCCUGGAGAUGCCUCCUCUGCAUGGUGGGCUCAAUAUCGGCCCCGUAGUGGCUGGGGUGAUUGGGGCCCGCAAACCUCAGUACGACAUCUGGGGCAAUACAGUGAACGUGGCCAGCCGCAUGGACAGCACCGGCGUGCCCGACCGCAUCCAGGUCACCACAGACAUGUACCAGGUGCUGGCCGCCAACACGUACCAGCUGGAGUGCCGGGGUGUGGUCAAGGUCAAGGGCAAAGGCGAGAUGAUGACAUACUUCCUCAACGGAGGGCCCCCGCCCAGUUAGCAGCCGCUGCGGACGCCAGGCAGCCUGGCCUCCAGAGAAACGGCGGAAGCCUCGCUCCAGCCCACGAGGCCGCCCUGAGAUUUUCCACUUUGACUCCAGAAGCAGCUUCUGCCUUGGCGGGCGGGCGGUCUCCGUCCCAGGCCCCGGGGUGCCAGCGUCCUGCGAGCACCAAGCUGACCAAAGAUGUCUCCCCCUGUAGUAGACGCCGCCAGACUCAGUUGGAAUCUCGUUUUCUAACGGGCGCUGCGGCGCGUGCGCGGGCGGAGAGGCGCCGCUGGAGGGGCCUGGGCGCGCGGCAGCCCCGUGUGCGGAGCCGCGGGAGCACGGCCUCGGCGGGCGGGAGGCGGCGCCACCUGGCCCCGGGCCCUGGGGCUGCUUUUCUAUGUGAGCCUUUAAACUUCAGAGCGAGGCCGCGGCCCUGCUCCGUGGUGGAGGGGGCCCCGGGCAGGAGUGCUGGCUUUGGAGGGACCGAGGCCUUCCUCGCGGGCUCCUCCCACACCCACACACACAGCCGGUGCCCCUGGAGGGGGCAGAACUGCGAGGGGGAGGCCAGAGGCCCCGGAGCAAGGAGUGGUGGUUCUGAGAAAAAGAAAAUAUUUAUUAAAUAAAACAAAACACGUUUCUGUGCCCUUCUUUAGAC